GGUCAGAAGAGCACCGGUCACUAGGGGCUGCCAUGGCGGGGCUCUGGGUAGGAGCUGUGGCCCUGGUUGCGGCCGGAGGACGAGGGCGGCGGCCACCACCACAGUGGAUGAGGAGUGCGGGCUUGUGGACCCUGAAGCAUGUUCCACCCUAUUCAAGACAGUGCCUGGUAUUGUCCCGUAGCCUGGGUUCAGGAGGAUGUGACCCCAAUGAAAAAACUUUUGAUAAAAUUCUUAUUGCUAAUCGAGGAGAAAUUGCAUGUAGGGUUAUUAAAACUUGCAAGAAGAUGGGCAUUAAGACAGUUGCCAUCCACAGUGAUGUUGAUGCUAGUUCUGUUCAUGUGAAAAUGGCCGAUGAGGCCGUCUGUGUUGGCCCAGCUCCCACCAGUAAAAGCUACCUCAACAUGGAUGCCAUCAUGGAAGCCAUUAAGAAAACCAGGGCCCAAGCUGUGCAUCCAGGUUAUGGAUUCCUUUCAGAAAACAAAGAUUUUGCCAAACGUUUGGCAGCAGAAGAUGUCAUUUUCAUUGGGCCUGAUACACAUGCUAUUCAAGCCAUGGGUGACAAGAUUGAAAGCAAAUUAUUAGCCAAGCAAGCAAAGGUUAACACAAUUCCUGGCUUUGAUGGUGUAGUCAAGGAUGCAGAUGAAGCCGUCAAAAUUGCAAAGGAAAUUGGCUACCCUGUCAUGAUCAAGGCCUCAGCAGGUGGUGGUGGGAAAGGCAUGCGCAUCGCUUGGAAUGAUGAAGAGACCAGGGAUGGUUUUAGAUUUUCAUCUCAAGAAGCUGCUUCUAGUUUUGGUGAUGAUAGGCUACUAAUAGAAAAAUUUAUUGAUAACCCUCGUCAUAUAGAAAUCCAGGUUUUAGGUGAUAAACAUGGAAAUGCCUUGUGGAUUAAUGAACGAGAGUGUUCAAUUCAGAGAAGAAAUCAGAAGGUGGUGGAGGAAGCCCCAAGCACUUUUUUGGAUCCUAAGACUCGAAGAGCAAUGGGAGAACAAGCCGUGGCUCUUGCCAAAGCGGUGAAAUAUUCCUCUGCUGGAACUGUGGAGUUUCUUGUGGACUCGAGGAAGAAUUUUUACUUCUUGGAAAUGAAUACGAGACUCCAGGUUGAGCAUCCUGUCACAGAAUGCAUUACUGGCCUGGACAUAGUCCAAGAAAUGAUCCGUGUUGCUAAGGGUUACCCUCUCAGGCACAAACAAGCUGAUAUUCCCAUCAACGGCUGGGCAAUUGAAUGUCGGGUUUAUGCUGAGGACCCCUACAAGUCUUUUGGUUUACCAUCUAUUGGGAGAUUGUCUCAGUAUGAAGAACCAAUACAUCUACCUGGUGUCCGGGUUGACAGUGGCAUCCAACCAGGAAGUGAAAUCAGCAUUUAUUAUGAUCCUAUGAUUUCAAAACUAGUUACAUAUGGCUCUGAUAGAACAGAAGCAUUAAAGAGAAUGGAAGAUGCACUGGAUAAUUAUGUAAUUCGAGGUAACAUCCAUAAUAGAAGCCUGAUGGAAUACUUGUUUUUGAAUUAAUAGUAACUUCGGACUAUAGAAACACAGAUGUUAACAUUAUAUAUGACUGACUGAUUGAUGAAUUUAUUUCCCUUAGGACAUAUUUUAUCAAAGAGUGAGAAAAACCAGUUAUUGGCGAUAGCAUCAUCAUUGUUUGUGGUAUCCCAGUUACGGGCACGUAAUUUUCACCAACAUUCAAGAGUGCCAGUUGUGAAAUCAGAUAUCGGUACAUGGGAGCUUUGUAUAAAACUGCGUGAUGAGCAACAUGCUGCUCUUGCAUCCAACAGCGGGUCAACAUUCUGUGUGGAAGUUGGCGGGUCGAAACUAAAAUUGACCAGUACGUGGAACCUGGCUUUGCCCUUACUGUCUGUCAGCGUUGAUGGCACUCAGAGGACUGUGCAGUGUCUUUCUAGAGAAGCAGGUGGACGCAUGAGCAUUCAGUUUCUUGGUACAGUGUACAAGGUGCACGUCUUUACCAAACUUGCGGCAGAAUUGAACAAAUUUAUGCCAGAAAAAGUGGCUGAGGACACAAGCAGCACUCUGCGCUCCCCGAUGCCCGGCGUGGUGGUGGCCGUCUCUGUCAAACCUGGAGACAUGGUAGCGGAAGGUCAGGAAAUUUGUGUGAUUGAAGCUAUGAAAAUGCAGAACAGUAUGACAGCUGGGAAAACUGGCAAGGUGAAGCUGGUGCACUGUAAAACUGGAGACACAGUUGGAGAAGGAGAUCUGCUCGUGGAGCUGGAAUGAAGUAUUUAUAGUCUUGCAGUCACCGCCUAAUUAGCCAUUUGUGUUACUCUCACACGCAACUUUCAGGCAUUUUACAGGAAUACUCCUGGACAGCAGGUUUUACAUCAGCAUAUUUAUUCCUCAGAAGUAGCAACAUUCUGCCAAAAAAAUCACCAAUGGAAAUUUUCAUUGAUAUAAAUACUUGUACAUACGAUUUGUACUUCUGCUGUGAGAUUUCCUAGUGUCAAAAUUCAAUCAAUAAAACCAAGCAUUUGUCUAAA